CUGCGCGCUCCCGCUACUACACGACAACACAAUACAACAGCAGCAGCACAACACAAGCUGUCGCGGAGCGAGACAGUCUAUCACCUACUGCCUGCACAUCCACUGACCAGCAUAUUUCCUUUUAAUGCCUUUAUCAACCGUAACGAUGUAGUUAAUGACAGAAGAAUCCGACAAGACUGUGUUUCAUCAUCAUCGUCGUUAGCUUAGCUUUUCAUUUCAGGCAGUGGCGGAUUCCAGCAGUGGCUAACGGCUAUCAGCUCCAACAACAGAAGCAACCGAAGAUGAGCAAAUAAAAGUGAUGCUUGUCCACCGCGUAUGACCAAAGCUACCGUCAAGGCUUACAGGACUGCUUAGAAUUGACGCCAAGAUGAUGAAGAAAAAGAAGUUUAAGUUCAGAGUGGAUUUUGAGCUGGACGAGCUGUCCUCUGUUCCGUUCGUGAACGGAGUUCUGUUCUGUAAAGUCCGACUGCUCGACGGCGGAUUCUCAGAAGAAUCUUCGCGGGAGACGGUCCAGGCAAACUGUGUACACUGGAGAAAACGAUUCUCCUUUCCCUGUAAAAUGAGCGCUAACGCUGGAACUGGAGUCCUUGACCCAUGUGUGUGUCGAGUUUCGGUCAGAAAGGAACUUAAAGGUGGAAAGACUUAUGCGAAGCUGGGUUUUGCUGAUCUCAACCUGGCUGAGUUUGCAGGAUCGGGUAGCACCACACGCAGGUGUCUGUUGGAGGGUUACGACACCAAAAACACUAGACAGGACAACUCCAUCCUUAAGGUGAUUAUUAGCACACAGCUGAUGUCCGGAGACCCCUGUUUCAAAACGCCUCCGUCAACUGCCACCGUAAUAGGCAUUCAGGGAGAUCCUGAGGGCCUACUGGAAGACAGGAAAGGAGGAGACACACAAAAACCUUUUCUGAGCCUCUCAGGCUAUAGCACGAGUCACUCUCGUUCCUCCAGUCUGUCAGAGUUCUCCCACAGGAGAAACACUUCCAUCGGCAGUGCUUCCACUGGCAUUGCCAGCAUCCCUGAACCCAGUGAGGAGAGCGAGCAAACUACAGUGCCCCCUACUGCCCCGGGAGUCUGCACUGCUGUGCCUGAACACCCAUCAACCCCUGACAGAGCUGCCAGCAGAUACCCAGUGAAACAGGACUCCAUGGAGUCUCAGCUGAAAAGGAUGGAUGCCACGCGGGUGGAUGCAGAUGAUGUAGUAGAGAAGAUCCUGCAAAGCCAGGAUUUCACCCACAGUCUGCUGGACUCCAGCGCUGAAGAGGAAGGUCUGCGCUUGUUUGUGGGUCCUGGUGGGAGCACAGCACUUGGUAGUCACCAUCUUCCUGCCAGGGUUGGUGCUGGUGCCUACGAACAGGUGGUGAUUAAACGCUAGGGUUGAGAGAUGCCAGAAGGAAAAGUGUCAAAAACCAAAGUCUGUUUCGUGGGAGGAGAAAAUGGACGAAGAGAUUCAGACAUGUUCGUCUCCUCUCACAUUAAGAGUGUUUGUCACGAACCGGUUUCAGCCUCUCAGUAAAGCGGCGCCCUCUGCUGGCUACAUAAAGAACCGACAGCUCCUCUUUGCGAGGCUGCCAUUAUUGGUGUCUGUGUUUCACUGUGAGGUAAAGUCCGUCUGCUAAUAUGUUUGCAUUGCAAAAUCAGAGAGCGUUCCCACUAUUUUACUCGCUGAUUUUUAGAAGAAAAAUUAUUAUAUGACAUUAUUUUAGUAAGAUAUGUUUAUUUUAUCAAUGUUUACAUGUUUGUGAGCCAUUUCGAAGGAUUUUAAACAUCUUUACAGUAUGUAUUAGGUGUAUACUCUGUAGAUGUUGAGCUCUUAGUCCAUUUUGUCGUCAUCUCAUCACUGUACUAUUGGAAAUCAAACCGUCAUCCUCCACUCGCAGCGUCGUGAAGCGUCUGACAGAUGAAGCCGUUUUCAGACUUGAAACACGUCCAGUUGGAUAGCACUUUGAAUUGAAGGACUUUACACAGGCUUUCUAUGUGUCUUUAUAGUUGUAGUUGGUUUUGAGGCUGAGCUGUUAAACUCGUACACGUUAAAUGUGUAUCUCUACUUUUAUUGCAGAAAAUAAGCAGUUAACUCCUACAGUCGCAUUACAGAAGUCAUCUCAAAAAAUUAGAUUUAUAUACACAGACUAUUUAAAAUCCAGACAGGUGAAUAUAUGAUGUUUGCCAGCAGUCAGUGACAUUUGAUGAUGAUGACAUUCUGUAUGCAAUGAUCUCGAACCAAAUUCCUGGGGAGCCACAGCUCCUACCACCUUCAAAUCACACCUGCAUAAUAGUCUCUAGUACUCCUUGAUUAUUUGGAUAAGCUGUGUUUGAUUAGGGUUGGAGCAAAAUUGUCCAGAGCUGCUGGUUCCAGGAAUCAAGUUUGAGAUCUAUGCUGUAAUGUAGUGUAAGCCAAGAUGUUCUAAAGCUACAAUUAGUAACAAGGCAGCACAGAACAAAGCAUUUAACCAUUACAGCAAUGCUUGAAAGUUUUAGCACAAGGCUCUGGAGCUCGUCCGAUCCUCUCUAUAACACUACAAAAACAUAUUAUCCAUGUUUUUGUAGCUACUUGAUGUAUCACUAAAAUGAAGGUAUUUUAAUGGCUAUUUUCUGUAAGAUCAGCAAUCAGAGUAUCAAAAGUGCUUCAGCAGUUUUAUGUGACCGUAUGCCCAGAUCAUCUGAGAAGCCAUUUGAUGUUUUAUAAAUGUAAACUCACAUGCCUCUGUGAUUUUUGAUUGUGUGUGUGUGUGUAGGGGGAUCCAGCAAGUGUGUGUACAAUUGUUAUUGUUGCACUUGAUUAUAUCAUAAAUGUCUAGAGUUCUAGUGUAGAAAUGCAUGGGUGUCACACCUACUCAAUGUGUCUGAAGCAUUUUGUGUGGUCUUUGCUAUCUCCAUCUUGUUGAUCCAGGUUUAUCGAGAUUCAAACACUACUAAACGAAAAGAAAUACUGAUCAAAAGCUUUGAUUCGUUUUGGCCAUAUGUCUCAGGUUUAUUAGUUUUGUUUUUCGCAAUUACUGCACAAAUAUCAAAGCACCACACUGCGAAUGUAUGGGGAUCCUAAAGAGACAAAGCAAUGAGAGGAAUAUUGAGAUGAGAUGUAAAAUUGUAGUCUCUGUAAAUCUCUAGUCUCUUACAAUUAUUUUAGUUCACUAAAGAAAUUUUGGGUUCACUCAAAAACCUUUCAGUUUGCCCAAGAAACAAACAUUUCAGGGCUUUUGUAAUCUAUUGCAAAUGUUUUGUUCCACCAAAGGAGCUUUACUUUGUUUUCAAAAUAUUUAUGAUUUUUUAAAAAAAAAAAAAAUCUUUUUUUGCAUGUUUUUUUUUUUUUUUUGUUCCCCGGAGACUUGACAUUUGUUUGUCCAAGAUACUUUGCAUUCUCUCAUAGGAAAUUAGAAUAUAUUUUAUAGUAUUUGAAUUAGAGUAUUUUAUUAAAUGUUUAAAAAUAAAAGUAAAGUUUCCAAGAAAAACAUUUCCAUUUACAUAUCUGCAUAGAACAGGGGUGCCCAAACUUUUUCAUAACAAGAAAACCAAUAACAUUGAGAGCCAUAGUCAAUAUACCAAACUAUAUUAUAUUAAAGUUGUCAUGGCUAAGUUAUUUAAUAAUGUUUCAAAAUAAAUAGAAAACCUUACUUUAAAUGCUAUUAGUUAAUACAGUAUAACUUUUUAAAUUAUUACAAUCAAACAUAAACAAUGACAUUUAUAACACAGUAGCGUUCAAUGCUGAAUUCACUGGUCAAGCAGAAUCUGCCUUUCUCAUGAUUUGCUCAUCAAAGUCUCUGCCAUUUAAUUCAGGGGUGCCCAAACCUUUUCUUAUGAAGGGCCAAGGAACAAAUUUGAUUGAGGGUGGUCGGCCAAAGCUAAAUAUGCCAAACUGAAUUACAUUAAAGCCUCCUACUUUAAUAAUAAUUAAAUCAAUAGAAAAAGACUUUUAUUUUAUUAUUAAUGCCAACAUAUUUUAUACUAUACUAGUAAUACAAUAAAACAAUAAUUACCUCAUUUAUAACACAAUGGAGUCUAUGCUUUUUUAUUUACAAAAACAACCAUUUUUCAGUUGUUUUCCAUGUGACACAAUAUAGAGUAUGUCAACAUCUAAAAAAUGUGUUUAAGGGUGUCAUGACCCUUUAAAAAAUCCAAUUAAUUCACAACAUUUAACUGAAACUUUUAAUUUCACUUAACUUUUUUGUAGUUCAUCAAUUAAACGAAUGUAAGGUUUAGUGAAAUAAAAAAUGACGAUCUCUGUUGAAGGCAUUCGCCCCAACCUUCGCCAUUUUUCUUCCUCUCUUCUCAGAUUGGAUGGGGGGCCAAUUGAAAGGUUACUAUGGGCCAACUUUGGUCCGCGGGCCCUACUUUGGGCAUCUCUGAUUUAAUUGAAACAUUUAAUUUCAGUUAAAAAAUGUAUAAUAAUAAUUGCAUUAAAUUUGAUUUGUCAAUCCCAAAACCAUCCCCAUCGUUCUCCCUCUCGUCUCAGAUGGGUUGUUGGGCAAAAUUAAAGUUUACCAUGGGCCAACUUUGGCCGCCGGGCACUAGUUUGGGCAUCUCUGGCGUAGAACUUUGUCCAGGAAAUGUUGCGUUCACUUGGAAUAAACUUUUUAUUUCAGUGCCUUUGCAUUCUCUUACAAAACUUUGUUCAGUGGCAAAGUCUUUGUUUGCUCAGAAAUCAUUCGAACAACUCUGUUCAUUGGAAGAAAUUCUCAGCAGAUUGCAAAAACAAAGUAUCUUUGACGAUUUUAAUAUUUUACAAUUUAUCAUAUAAUUUUCCAUCAUCAUGACCCUUUAAGGCCUCGGUAGCAAGUGCUUCUAAAUAUCAGUAUACACAGAUGUUAUCUGUGAUAUUUCGACUUCAUUACAUUUCAGAAUCCACUCAGUAAUACGCGCGUUUUACUUUAAACUUGAUUUUUUUUAUUGAUCUACUGCCAAAAUGAAAGUCUAUUUUUAUGUAUGUUUAUUAAGAUUAAUACUGUCGUCCCCCCUCACAUUUCUUCCCCAGCUACUCUUACAUAACCUGUAAGCAAGUCCUGGUACUUUACAUGUUGUAAAAACAUGGUGGCUUUAUCUCUUCUGUGAAGUUUCUGGUCUUUGUAAUUGUACUGUGUGUAAUGUUGACAAUGUAAAGGUGACAUUGCUUUGUCCUGCAAUGUUGUGUUCUGACUUUUGACCAAUAGUGGCUUCCAUGCCAUGUGUUCUGUUAUGAUGCUGGUAAGGUAUGUACCACGCACUGUUCAAUAAAACCACAUUUCAAAGAAA